AUGUCAGAAAGCGGAGUACGUAUUAUAAAAUGGUGUGAUAAGCGAGAGGUACUAAUGCUUACUACUUGCAAAGAUCACAAAGCUGAACUAAUAAAUACAGGAAAGCAGUCAAGAUUAACCAAUGAACCAAUAAGAAAGCCUAAAUGCGUAUUAAUGUACAACGAAAACAAAAAGGGCAUUGAUUACAGUGAUCAGAUGGCAUCAUAUUACUCUGUCCUGAAGAGAGGUCUGAAGUGGUAUAGGAAGGUUGUAAUGGAGUUUUUGUUCGGUACUUCAGUUGUAAAUGAUUGGCUCAUUUAUAAUGUCAAGCCCUAA